AUGAUUCAUGCGAUGCAAGGUCACCCUAAAGCCAAAGCGUUCAUCACGCACGGUGGCACCAACGAGGCCAUCUACCACGGGGUCCCAAUGCUGGGGAACCCCAUGUUCGCUGACCAGCCCGACAACAUGGUGCACAUGGAGGCCAAGGGCGUUGCCCGCAUACUGAACUACAACACCAUGCGGAGCCAGGACCUCCUUGACGCCCUGCAGACGGUCAUCACCCAGCCCUCGUAAAAGGAGAGCGUCAUGAGGCUGUCCAAGAUCCACCACGACCGGCUGCUGAGCCCCAGGGAUGAGCCUGUGUUCUGGAUCGAGUUCACCAUGCGCAACAAGGAAGCGCGACACCUCAGGGUGCAGGCCCACAGCCUCACCUGGUACCAGUACCACAGCCUGGACGUGGUGCAGCUGCUGCUGUCUGCUGGGCGGCUCCUCACGCUCCUAAUGGUCAAGAGCUGCUGCCUCGUCGUGAUGUGCUGUAGAACAUGA